UUUUUUUUCAUUAAAUGUUUUUAAUGACAAAUUCACUAAUAACAGGUGGAACAGCCAUUUUUGGAGUAAUAUUUAUAGCUGCUUUUAGUGUUUAUUACUUAUACCAUGAUAGAAGAUUUUCUUUAUCAGAAAGAUUUUAUUUUUUAAUAUGCAAAAGAAAUAUAGAAGAAGCUUUAUUAGAACAUGAAUUAUUAAAACAACCUGAACCGGAUAUUAUUGCAAAUAAUACCCAAUAUAUUGAAAUUAAUGGACAUAAACUUCGAAUUGUUCAUAUAAUUCAUGAAUUAGGCAGCAAAGUUCCUUUAAUUGUAUUUAUACACGGUUUAGGCGGACAGGUGUCGCAAUGGAAAUGUCAAAUAGAAUACUUUUCACAUACCGCACAUGUACUUGCUAUAGAUUUAUUAGGCUGUGGCAAAAGUGAAGUGACAAAAGAUUGGGAAUCUUAUACAACAGCUUCAUUAGUGGAAGAUGUAAAACUUCUUUUAUUAGAACGUUAUCAAUAUCCAUCUACUGUAAUUAUUGCACAUUCUUAUGGCUGUUCAAUUGCUUCAUUUGUUGCUUCAUCUCCUGAAAUUCAAUCAAGUUUAAAAGGUUUAAUAUUAAUAGCACCUAAAGACCAUAUUAAAGAUACUCAGAAAAGAAAUCAAAAGAAAUUAAGAUGGAUACCUAAUUGGAUUUUUAAUUGUGCUCGAACAGCAGAUAGAAAGGGAGGAUUAUAUUCAAAAAGUGUAGAUCGCUUCUUAGGCACUGAACUUACGGAUCUAGAAAUUCGUAAAAGUCAAUUACGAUGGAAUCUUCAAAGUAAAACGCCAGUUUAUAAAAGAUAUGUGAGAGGUGCCAGUUUUCCUAGUCGAACUAUAUAUGAAAAGAUUAAAAUAGGUGUAUUGUUAAUAGGUGGUGGACAGGAUAGAGUAACGCCUCCAACAGAAAUGAAUAUCAUUCGUAAUCAUUUACUUGGAUUAGAUCCGGAUGAAAAUCAAUGGGAUAAUGUAUCACAACUUGAUAAUAUACGUGUUCCAGUUCCUUAUGUGAUUCCUGAUGUUGGACAUGUACCUAUGGUUGUUUAUCCAGAGCUCGUAAAUCCUGUCAUAUCUGACUUUUUGAUUAAAAAUUGUGGAUUAAAUACCUUAAGCGGCGCCUGGCAAAUUUUACACAAAACAAAGGGUGAAAAUAAAUGGGAUUUAAAGAACUAUGCAAAGUGGGCAGGAGUGGCGAAUAUUACAGAAACACCUAUUGGACCUUCUUUAUUUAGAGCAAUGAAAGUAAUGCGACAGACAGAUAGUUCACAUUGUCCUUCUGCUUUAUUAGCCAAAUAUCCAGAGAUACGAUUUAUUAUUGAUAUCUCUAAUGAUACACCACCUUAUAGGGCUAGUGAUUUUGAACAUUCAAGAAUAGAAUAUAUCAAAUUUAAGACUGUUUCUAAAAUUCCUCCAACAAGAGAAGAAGUUGCAAAAUUUAUAGAAAUAGCUUCUUCUUGUUGGACAAAAAUACCAGAUGCUCAAAUUGCAGUACACUGUCAUUAUGGAUUUAAUCGGACAGGAUUUUUUAUUUGUUGCUUUAUGAUUGAAAAGUUAGGUGUUUCUGUUCCUGAUGCGCUUCGAUAUUUCAAAGAAGUGAGGCCUCCUGGAAUAAGACAUGCUCACUUUAUUGAUGAACUUUACCUUAGAUAUGUAUUAAAUCAAAGAUAAUAAUAUAGAAUAUACUGCAUGUAAUUUUCUUUUAAAUUUGUAUUAUUAGAGUUUAAUUAAGCACGGAUAACUUUAUCCAGGAGCAAUUUAGAUUUAGUAAUAGUAUACAAUAAAGAUAGCUUUUAUUUUGAGGGGAAAAGGAGCAGACACACAAGGUAAAAAAAAAAGUUAAAAAAAAAAAAGAAGAGUGAGAUAGAGAGAGAAAGGGGAAGAGAAUAGAACAUUGUAUAUUUCAUAGCUUGAAUCUAGUGAUAGAAUGGUACUGUAUAGACUGAAGAAUGUAUUUUAUUACUGUAUAACCUGUAAUAUAAGACUGUUGUUAUCUUCUGGUUAUUCAUACUUAAAUAUAACUCAAUAUCAACUUAUUUGAAUAAGGAUUUUGUGAGUGCUAAAAAAAUAAAAAAAAAUAAAAAUAAAA